GCCCGUUACAAUUCUGUCUUGCGCAAAGCCUCAAAUGAACACUCCUCCAUGCCAACUGGGGUAAUGUGUAAAAACAACAAAAGGGUGUUGCAAUAUCUCAAAGACUAUUUGUAGCACGGCAUAUAGUUUCGUGGAACAGAAGAACCCAUUUCGUCAAACACUUGAAAUGCGUAUGAGAGAAACUCUACUUUUUGUUAGAAGGACCCGUCUGAAGAACGGAACCUCGGCAUACGACUCUCGUUUCCAGGAGGAAAGAAAGGAGAGACGGGGCCGAGUGAGCAGCGCGGUUUGCGUGCCGGGCGAUGGAGGAGGCUGGAGGAGUGUUCCCUUUCCGCGAUGUCCGCUGGGACCCGGACCCGGUGCUGGAGCCGAACCCGGCUGUGCGCGUGCCGGCGCCGGCUCCUUUGGUGCUGGACAAUGGCUCGUUCCAGCUGCGGUUGGGCUGGGCCUGCUCUGACCCCGAAGUUCCUGGCGAGCCGCUGCUUCGUUUCCGUUCCUUGGUGGCCCGGAGCCGGGGAGCCCGCGGGGGGGCCGGCCCCGAGACGCAGGUGGGCAACGAUCUGGGGAGCCCCGAGCCCCUGCGCUGGCUCCUUCGCUCGCCCUUUGACCGCAAUGUGCCCGUCCAGAUGGAACUGCAGGAACUGCUCUUUGACCACGGCUUCCAGCGCUUGGGCGUCUCCUCACAGGGCUGUGUCGACCAUCCAAUUGUGAUAACUGAAGCUGUCUGCAACCCUCUCUAUUCAAGACAAAUGAUGUCAGAGCUCCUGUUUGAAUGUUACCAAGUGCCAAAGGUUUCAUAUGGUGUAGAUAGUUUGUACAGUUUAUAUCACAACAAAAGGCAAGGCUGGCCUUGCAGCGGUCUCAUCGUUUCCUCUGGGUAUCAGUGUACACAUAUUUUGCCAGUCUUGGAUGGCAGGUUAGAUGCUAGAAACUGUAAGCGUAUAAAUAUUGGAGGAUGCCAGGCUGCUCUGUACCUUCAGCGUCUCCUGCAGCUAAAAUAUCCUGGGCAUUUUGCUGCCAUUACUCUCAGCCGUGUAGAGGAAAUACUCCAUGAGCACAGCUAUGUUGCAGAAGAUUAUAAAGAAGAAAUGCAGAAGUGGAGAUCGCCUGAAUAUUAUGAGAACAAUGUGCAUAAGAUGCAGCUACCUUUUUCAAAUAAACUCCUGGGGAGUACCCUCACAUCUGAAGAGAAGCAGGAGAGGCGGCAGCAACAACUUCGACGUCUCCAGGAGCUUAAUGCUCGCAGACGAGAGGAAAAGCUGCAGCUUGAUCAAGAGAGGUUGGAGCGGCUGCUUUAUGUUCAGGAACUGCUGGAAGAUGGUCAGAUGGAUCAGUUUCAUAAAGGUUUGGUGGAACUGAACAUGGACUCUGCUGAAGAACUUCAGUCUUAUAUCCACAAGCUGAGCAUGGCUAUUGAGCAAACCAAGCAGAAAAUCCUACAGGCAGAAGUUAGUGUUGAAGUGGAUGUUGUUGAUAGCAAGCCAGAGAUUCCUGACCUGGAUCCAUUGGGCAAUGAACAAUCAAUGGAAGAUGCAGAAAGCAUGAAUGAAUUUGAGCCUUUAUUUGCUGAGGAGCAACCUGAAGUUGAAAAGCCAGUUACUACAGUACAGCCCGUGUUUAACCUGGCAGAGUAUCACCAGCUCUUUAUUGGCACAGAAAGAAUCCGAGUUCCUGAAACUGUCUUCCAGCCAUCCUUAAUAGGAGAAGAGCAGGCUGGGGUAGCAGAAACCAUGCAGUUUGUCCUGGACAGGUAUCCUAAAGAGCAGCAGGAAAAGCUUGUCCAGAAUGUCUUCCUUACUGGUGGGAACAUGAUGUAUCCUGGAAUGAAAGCCAGAAUCCACAAAGAGCUGCUUGAAAUGAGGCCAUUCCAGUCAUCUUUUCAGGUGCAUCUUGCUUCCCAUCCUGUUUUAGAUGCAUGGUAUGGAGCUCGGGAGUGGGCCCUGGAGUACAUGAACCAUGAAGAAGGCUGGAUUACUAGGAAAGAUUAUGAAGAAAAGGGUGGAGAAUACCUUAAGGAGCACUGCGCUUCCAAUGUCUAUGUACCUAUCCGUCUCCCAAAGCAGCCACCUCGGACAGCUGAAACGCCAGCCUCCGGUAAAGCACCAGGGACUGGCACAAGCAAUACCUCUGAACAAGCGUAGGAUGCAGGCUGCGAGGGUAUAUAGGUGCAAAAUAGGAAUAACCUGUGAGAAGGAUAACACUUUCCAAAACUGCAAGGCAGCUGCCGUUCUGCACAACUGGAUGUGAAUUUAAGCUAGCAUUUCUUGUUGGGCUUAGCAUAUUUGGCUUCUCUGAUUCCUGCGGUAAUAACUCUUUGAGUUUAUUGUGUUUAUGGUUGCCAGGGAAGAAUUACAGCCUCUUCACCAGAUUUUGGUGUACAAAAUGCAAAACAGAUAUUUUGGAGGAAAUGCUUAUUGGCGUCAUUGAGGCUAGUGUUAAGUGUUUUAUAUUAGACUAUGUUAUAAAACCUGUUAGCAUUGUAAAUAAAUUAUUUUGGGGAUUUUCUCCCCAUGUUUA